GGAAGAGGAGCUUCAGUGAUGUUGGUCCGGAGGGAACCUGAGCUGGCAGUGACAAAAUGGUUUGAUAAUAAACCAGUUCUGAUGGCCUCCACUGUCUACGGCAAAGAUCCAGAGGAUAUCUGUAGCAGAUGGUCCAACAAAGACAAAGCUCAUGUCCAGGUGAGACGGCCAGCAGUCAUCAGCGAAUAUAAUGACAACAUGGGUGGUGUUGACCUCUGUGACCGAAUCCUGAGCUUCUACCGCAUGUCAACCAGGACAAAGAAGUGGACAUCUCGUGUGAAGACACAUUUCUUUGAUGUUGCCAUCACGAAUGCUUGGAUCCAGUACAAGUCUGACAGCAAAGCGCUGAAUCGAGCAGCUAAGAACACCCAACAGUAUUUGGACUUCAAAUUGCACCUGACUGAAGAGCUGAUGGAUAGUCCUUCAUUUGAUGACAGCAGUGAAAGGGAAGACAGUGAGGAAGAGUACCAACCAUCAACCAAAACGAGGACCCCACAACCAGAGCCAUCUGUACGUAGAAUAGGAGCCAGGCACAUGCCAGAGAAGAUGGACAUCAAAGAAAGAUGCAGGAACAAGGGCUGUAAAGGCAAGACAUACAUCAGAUGCUCCAAAUGCAAGGUGUUCCUCUGUAUAACCAAAAAGAAAGCAUGCUUCAAGGAUUAUCACAGUUAAACUUUCCAAAGGGAGAAGAAAAAAAGAACUGCUCAUGUUCUGUCUUAUAGUUCAUUGUUGAACUGAAUACAUGUUUUACAUUGUAAAGUAUUAUUACAUACAUUUUGUCCUUGGAGGCAACAAGUAACAGAAGAGUGAAUAGAUUUUUUUUGUUUGAUUUUAUUCAAAAUUUUUAAGUGUUUGGGUGAAUAUCCCUCUAAAGAUUGAUUCCGCUCCUUGUUUAUGAUUUUUUUAUAUUUGGUUCUGUUUUCACCAAGAUAUCGUCCUGUUGUCCUCUACAAUGGACAUGCUGUAAAAUUAAAAUAAAAAAUAUUUUUUUAAAAAUUAAAAUGGUAAGGUUUUCAUUUUGCCACUAAUAGAUAGGAAAUCACAAAAAAACUGAAAUUGUAAGACACUUUUUUUCCUUGGUUCUCAGGAGGAUA